AGUUUUUAAGACGUAUGAAAUAUCUGUAAGGUAGUAUCUACGUUCCUACAAAAAAUCAUAACACACUGAAUUUACCCGGAAAAUGUGCCCGUAUUAGUACUGUAUAGUGUGUGAGUGAAGACAGGAAAUUUGAUAACAAUGAACUGGAGCUCACUGCUGCAUGCCGAGAUCUAACGCAGUAGCCGCGAAAUUGCUUGGCGAACAUGUGGGGGUCAUGGGGAAGAAGCUCUAUUCAGGACUUUCAGGAAGAUCAACAUCGCUAGCGCGCAAUUGCCGCUUUGCGACGGUUUCUUCUGUACAUUGAAACGGUGCUCUUAAAGCAUCUGAACUGGAAUUGUUUAUACAGCGCUUCAAGAGCAAACGACUGCUCAGGUUGGAAAAGGAUGCGAGGUCACGAAGCAGCUAAGAUUACGAUUACCAGAAUCGAGAAACACCAGUUUACUGUGCGUCCAGAUCGCAGGCCUAAUUUAUUAGAACGUCGUCCCGUACGACCGGAAGAAGAAACAAAACUGAAAUCAAGUUUAGAAAUAGAAGGGGCAGCUUCCCGAUGCUACACUCAUGGCAAGAACAGGUACUCACACAUGGUGAACCGCUUAGACAACAUUCAUCCGCUUUAAUAUUCUGGGAUGGGUUGGAUGCGGCACUUCCGAAACGCUGAUAGACCAGCAGAUCCUUUGGCGACUUUGGAAAGCUCUAACCGGAGAUGCUCCAUUGCAGAUACUGUAAUAGCUAAUAGAUAACAUAACAUAACACCGAACGCCAACUUCAACGUACCUUACGAUACACUGCAAUGGGAACGCCACGUAUCCGAUGCCAUUCAGCAACACCUCGAAGCCAACAACCAUUAGAUUCAACCAUUCCGCAUCUCCAGCCUCUUACUCGUCAUUUCUAACAUGCUAAUAAUAAUUCAGAUCUUUUCUGAUUACUUAACUUCCAACCGCCGUUUUACUCCUUCUUUAAAACAUAUGUAAUUGCCCGCUUGUCAUAUUACAGAACCAUGUGUUUUUAUCAACAUUUAUAGCUAUUACGACUUAUGCCCAAUCUCCACUUUGCUGAUUUAUAUUCUCUCUGUUGCUGCCCUAUUAUUUUGUGAGCAAACUUACUAACAAUCUGUGUGACUAAUUUGUCGCCUAGAACAACAUUAAAGUUAAGUUAAGUUAAGAUAUGCUACAGAUACGUGCAGCGCAGUCGACUGAUCCGCAUCCUCGUCGCGGGAGGAACUUUCAACUGGAGCGUGGCCACUGGUCACCGACGGCCUACAAGACCUGCAGCGGGAGAAGAUGUCGCGAAUUACCGGCAUUUGCCCGUAAAACUGCACAAGCGGAUGAGGAAGACGGAUAAUGGAUUGAGCAUUAAAGAGUGUGAGCGUACUCGUUGGAGGAUAAAGGAGAGCGUAUGGUCAGUACGGAAAUGCAUUUGGCGCAGAAGUACAAGCCGGUCCGGAUGAUGAGCAUGAUACAAUACGAGGACGAGCUUAGUACAUGUGAUAGACAAAAAAACUAGCGAGAGAAUCUGAUAACCAUGCCCGGCCCGUGCAACACGGGCAACCACCCAGGUUUGGCAGUGCUGGUAAACACAUCACAUUUAAUACAAAUAAUCACCCCAGUAAUACCGCACACUUUAUUUCUUUACAGUAAAACUUUGACUUUGUAGAACCACAUGUGAAAUUUCAGAGGACUCACUUUUUACCCAUUCUGAAAGAUUUUUUAAUUUUAGUCGGAGUAUUUGUCACUUCGCUAAGUCCGCUACGAGUGUUUCUUUUUCGCAUAUUUUUCUGCAGCAGUUUUUCUGCUUCCCGUUGCUCGAGCGCUGCGAUUACUUUACUGUCCGUCGCAAUAAGCCCUGCUUCGGCGCGCAGACGAGAAUUUUUAAGUUUUCUCUUUUUCUGGGGAUGAGCGCUCAUGAAAUUAUGGUGCCAAUCUGCAGCCACUUUGUCAGCUGCAACCGAUGGAAGAAAACCUUCUGCUUUAGAGAUUGUGAGCGCCAUAAUCUCUUCUAUCUGUCCUUCUUUCGCUGCAGCGUACUGUGACAGGUUCCCCGUUCUACAAGCCUUCAGCGCCAAGGCCAUACGAUCAUCGUACGCUGCUGGUAAAGGCACGUCGCUGGCAGGUUCCUCCACACAAUUCUUACUCAACGGUAGGCCCGAAACAACGCUGAUACUCGCGCAAGAAAUCUCCAUCGCAGCGCAUGGAAGUAACGUCUCGGUGCCUACAGACUGGAGAAACUUGUUCGACGAGAGGAUUUUGGAGACUGCAGAACUGCAGAGAAACGGCAGCAAGUUUUAUCCCGACGACAUUAUUGGGGAUAGUGACGAUGUUGAUGGGCAACACAGUCAACACGCCGCAAUCAAAAGAACCGGUCUGCUUUUGGAGCAUAACUACUGGCCAAAUAACGGGAAGAACAUACCAUUUGAAAUACGUAGCUUUGGUGAAAAUGAGCGGCGUCGGAUACAGCAAGCGUUGCGUUUUAUAGAAAGCCGAACCUCGCAUUGUAUAACGUUUAAAUAUCGUGCGAACACUGCAAAUGAAUCGGCGUAUAUUGCAUUCAUGCCCGGGAGAGAAGGGAUAUGUCGAGCAGACGUCGGAAGGGUACCGGGAUUUGUUACCAGAGUGCAACUGAGCGCUGAUUGCUUAAGCUCAAUGGGAAUUAUUCUACACGAAAUCCUCCACGCUCUGGGUAUGUUCCACGAGCAGAACCGUCCAGACAGGGACGAUCACAUUGAGAUCUUCACCGCACACAUCGCCCCGAAAAUGCAGCACAGUUUUGAGAUCUUACCUAACAUGUCUGUCCACGGGACCAAAUACGAUAUCGAGUCGAUCAUGCACUACGGACCCCUGGAUUUCGCGCUGUCCUCUGCACACCCGACCAUGCUGCCCAAGCGGCACGCACCACGCAUGGGCCAGCGCCGGACUUUAACCCACCUGGAUGUGGUCAAAUUGCAGAACGCGUACAGAUGUGAUUGGCCAGAGCCGGGCGAUGAACACACAGUGCAACGCUAUUCUCCCACCAGUUCUAUUUCGACGACCACAGAAGCUUCUUUAAAAGCCAAUAUGAGCAGCACAACCUCGGAAUUGCUUGUUACUGAUACUUUACAAAGCAAUAAACAUAUUUCCGUUCACGUAAACGAGACGGUCACUGUUUCAAGGAACUCUUCGAGGAGUACUAGAGUAUCGACAAAAUUUACGACUGCGAAAUAUGAUGUGAAUGCCACAACUUCAACGACGAAGGCUGUAAUUCCCUUACAUGCAACUACAGGGGAAUUUAUUGCCACGACAGCCAAAAGCAGCUACGAUAAUCCGUACCUGCCCUACCGCGAGUAUUCAACGGAAGCCCCGCCCCCCGCGAAUCCCGCCGUGGCGCACUGCUUCCUACCCAGUGAUCCCGGAACAUGUGAGCCCAGUCUGCCGCGCUGGCAUUACGACAGCACGGAUGGGGUAUGCAAGCGAUUCUUCUUCUCCGGAUGUGGCGGGAAUAAGAACAAUUUCGAGACACAGCUGCACUGCCUCUUCCACUGCGGCAAAGCUCAAGAUAAAUGCAAGUUACCGAAGGUGGUGGGUCCAUGUCGCGGCCUGCUGAACGUGUACUCGUAUUACUUCGACAAGUACAAGCGCGCCUGCCUGCCCUUCGAGUACGGCGGCUGCCAGGGCAACGCCAACCGCUUCCCGUCGGCGGAAGAGUGCCAGAAGAUCUGCGCCCACGUCAUUUCCCCGCCCACUCCGCCGUCCGUCGACGAGAACGUCCACACCAUUCCGCCGGAAUAUCCCGCGCAGACCUAUCCCACCGCGCCCAGACAGAAUCCCUAUCUCGCCAUCUGCAGUAUGCCGGCGGAUGCGGGAGCGUGCGACGAGCGACAGGCGCGUUAUUACUACGACAUUUCCCAAGGCAAAUGCCUGUCCUUCACAUACACGGGAUGCGGCGGUAACCAGAAUCAUUUCCACACACUGGAACAGUGCGAAGGCUUCUGCGCACAAUUCGGCGUGGGAUGUCCGGCGCGUACCUGCGACAUCCAGUGCCCGUACGGCUACGAGAACGACCCCAGCUCCUGCCCCACCUGUCGCUGCGUGGAGCCCUGCCGCGACAUGCAGUGCCCGGCGUAUGCCGCCUGCACUGUCCAGACCCUGCCUAAUGGGGAAUUCGUCGGCACCUGCACAUCACGAUUGGAGAAAGCCGGCACCUGUCCGUCCCUGGAGGAUAUCCCGCCGGGCUCGUGCGAUCGAGCAUGCGGUACGGAUAACGAGUGUCAUGGCCAGCAGAAGUGCUGUAAUAAUGGCUGCGGUACGACUUGCAUGACGCCCGUUGAACGCGAGGAGAUCAAAGCGCAGAUCAUCGCCUCGUCGUCCAAAUUCGCUUCCGGCUCGCAGCUGCGGCUAGAGUGUCGGGCCAGCGGCUAUCCCCAACCUCGUGUCCGUUGGUACCUGAACGCCCACGAGAUCAUCUCCGACGGCGACCGUUCGCAGGUCUUCACCAACGGGACGCUCCUCAUUAAACGCGCCCGUGCCUCAGACGCCGGCGUGUACCAGUGCCAGGCCAGCAACGAGCAGAGCAGCAGCUCAGAUUCCCUCCGCGUCUUCAUAACAGGCGCUUCAAUGACGCAGGAAUGCACGGACAACGAGUACUACGCCAACUGCAGAUUGAUCGUCGUUGCGAAGCUGUGCACUACUAGUGAAUAUUACGCCAAAUUCUGCUGCAAAUCCUGCACGGAAGCCGGCCAAAUGCUGCCCAACGACUACCGGCGCAGACGGAAGCGCUCCCUGCGGCCGACGAAAAACAUCUCCAUAAUUUAAUUUCCUAGAUUGGCUACCCUCUGACGGUGUCUGAUUUGAUCUGUGCAUUGACUGACCAACCCUCUCAUGACGUUUACGUGGACGGUCCCCGUAUGAUUUCUUUCACCACGAAUAAUUUUGCGCAUCUCCUUCCUAGUUACAGUGCUUCGUCGUUUGGUGCGUGCUGAGUUUGCAAUCUUGUUUUACUUGAGUAUCGGUAAAUACGUGCGAGGCUGCGGCGCAACU